CGCGGGGAACGCCGCUACUCCGCGGGCGGCCGUAGCGGACUCCUGCCCUGUCCCGCACGGCGCCAAAGCCCGGCCGCACGAUGGCAAGUUGCAGCCAGAAAAGGAUAAUACAAAUAACUGGAUUUAAAAAACAAGAGAAGAAGGCACUGCUCAAAUGCCUGUUCAAGCUGAACUGUGUUUUUGUAGAGAGUAAGAAAUACAGAAAUUGUACACAUCUUAUAGCAAAAAAGCUGUGCAAGAGUGAAAAGGUCUUAGCUGCCUGCGCUGCUGGGAAGUGGGUACUAACUAAGGAGUACAUAAUUAAUAGUGCUGAAAGUGGCAGAUGGCUUGAUGAAACAACGUACGAAUGGGGAUAUGAAAUUGAAAGAGACACCCAUUAUUCACCUCAAAUGCAAUCUGCACCUAAAAGAUGGUGUGAAGAACUGACAAACUCUAGUGCUCCAGGGGCCUUCCACAGAUGGAAAGUUGUUCUCCUUGUUAAGAGAGGUGAUAAACGAAUGGCAUGUAUUAGAAGUGCCUUGCUGUUGGAUGGAGUUCUUAAAGCUGGAAAGGCAACCAUAUGUUCAUCUGAAAAUGCAGAGCACAAUAUAACUCAUUUAUUCAUCAGUGGUAAAAUUUCUCCUUUACAAAAUAAAAAGCAUCUCUCUGAAGCUCGACGCUACCCUUUGCAAUAUAUAGGACAUUAUCUUUUUCAAAAUGAAAUACAAAAUCCCAAGGAUACACAGAUGAACCAUUUCCUGGCUGCGCAAGAAACAGACCAAGUCAUGUCUAAAAUGCAACUUGCUGAAAUGAAAAAUGUUAUUAUAAAACAUAUGUAUUUUACUGCGACUAUUAAGCACAGACUUAUGCAAACAGACCAGCUGAACAAAUGCACUCUGGAGGUUAAAAGUACUGACUGGUCCAGGAGCACUUGGUCUAUACUUCAAGGAUUAGUGGAAGAGGACUUACUUCAUGACGUAGUCACAGAACUUGCUGCAGGCCAUAUGUACAGUGCACCUCCUGUGCAACUUCUUCAUCCUCUUCUAGAAUAUGUACUAUUGGGAAACACCGAUACAAUAUUUUUUGCCAAACUUUGUCAUGUUUUUUACCUUGUUCUUCAUUGUGAACCUCCCUGGAAGUCCCCAUUGAUGUUGAAGUAUUAUUUGGAUCUUCUUCAGUGUCCUAUCUGUAAGAAAGGCACAUGGUCCUUGAUAGAGAUGCUUGUAAGGUCUUGCCUUUAUUGUGAAACAGUUUGUCAUACAGUCACAGUUUCAGGGACAGAAGAUGAACUGAGGAUAAUUCAUAAAACAUUAUUGAAGUUUUUCUUUGAUUUAGUAAAAGGCGAAGUAGAGUUUCUGACAAAAAGUUUGGUUGAAGGAACAAAUUCACAGCAUCAACAAGUCUUGCCACAGACGGUUCUUCUGAAGACAUUCUUGCUUGAAAGUGGAACCGCAGUGCUUUUUACCAAACACAUAAAUAUUCUAGCAGAUUGGGUCAUAUUUUCCCAUAGAGAAUUAAAUGGAAAAAAUGAUGCUUUCAGAAGUGAAGUUGCUGGUCUAUUAAAUGCAAUUCUUGGAACUGUAGUGGACUAUUGGAUCAUCUCAGGUUUGCUUAUGGACAGAAAUGUGUUUCAUCAAGUUCCUGAUUUGGCGCAUUACCUUGCCAUUUCAUGCGAUGAUUUUUCUGUAUGUCAAUUAAAAAUGUUUAUUUGUGCCAUACCAUCCGACUGGCUUCAACUGUUUGUUGCAGAAGCAAUUUUCAAACAAAUGUGUUUACAGAGGAAUAUUGCUGUUUCUACAGAAUAUCUUUCUCUUCAGAAAAUAGUCUGUUCUUAUUCACCUGCUUUGCGAGAGAUAGGGAUGCGUGAGACAGAGAUACACAAAGCAAAGGAAAAGAAAAUAGGGCAACAGCCAUGCCCUGGGUCUCAAAGGACAUUACAGAUGCUAAAUGACGAUAAGCAGAAUCAAGUCAAAGUGCUGCCUGAUCUACCUGACUUAAUCUUUAAUAAGCUUAGAGCAAAAACAGAAGUCCAAACUGCACACACCAGAGGGAGUCAUCUUUUGGCUGAAGCGGUACACAAGAGAAAUAUUAAAGGAGAGACAGCCCUGCAUAAAGCUUGCAGAAGUAACAGAGUGGAGAGAUUGAUUCAGCUUCUCUCUUUGCCGGGAAUAGACAUUAAUGUUAAAGAUUAUGCUGGCUGGACGCCUUUGCAUGAAGCCUGUAACCAUGGUAGCACAGCAUGUGUCCGUGAAAUUCUGGAGCGUUGUCCAGAGGUAGACCUGCUCAGUCAAGUGGAUGGGGUGACUCCUUUGCAUGAUGCACUGUCAAAUGGACAUGUAGAAAUUGGCAAGCUGCUACUUCAGCAUGGGGGGCCAGUCCUUCUAGAGCAAAGGAACUCCCAUGAGAAACUGCCACUGGAUUAUGUUGAGUCAGUCACAGCAAAGGAAGAACUUUUGAAUCUUGUUUAUCCAGGAGAGAGCAUUGAACACUUCUAUGAAUGCAGAGAACAAGAUUUUUGCAAUCAGAAGAAAGAACUGUGCUUGAUUUCAUUUACUAAGAUGCUGAUUAAUUUUUGUUCCAUUUAUAAUUUGUCUACACCUCUGACUGUAACUCUGAGAGCAAUAUCUUGUUCAAAUGUACUUCCGGUAACGGUUUGUGACAGCUCUAAGAUGAAAAAUGCAUUUUCUGGAGAUUGGUUGGUGGAUACAUAUUUUAAAGAGCUCGAAACUUUUGAAAAACUACCACAGUUUCUUCAAGAAAUAUCUGAAAGCAUGUUAUUCUUCCCUGGUGAACAGGCGAAGGCCUUAUUAGCAGUUCUGGAAACUAUGGUAGAAGCAUGUCAGUGCCUAAAUCUUUCUAGCAGUUAAAUUCCAAACAACCACAUUGGAUGAAUCUUGAGUGUUACUACCUUCUACUUGCCUGAUAGAUCUGCAUGUGUGUAAUCUUAAGAAUGUGCUGUAUCAUUUACACUCAGUUAAACUGUCUUGGAAGUUGGGUUUUUUUUUUUUACGUGCCUCGUGCCGUAUUUCUCUUUGAUUUUCAGAGGCAGUGACCCUAAACUUAAACCAAGCAGUUGAAUAUUUCAUUUCCUGAGAAAGGCUUGUGUCUACAUAUUUGGAUAUCCCUUAAUAAAACUAAUGUUAUAAAUAUGUCAUGAAAUAAAAACAUACGGAAAAGCAAAUUAUUUCUAUCAAUUUUCUUCUUACUUAAUAAAAAAAAUUAUAUUAUGUAAAUUAAUUGCAUGUUGCAAAAUUCAAAAAAGGCACUAUAUAUUUAUAGCAUGAAUAUAUAACAUUUCCCAUGUCUUUUGUUUGAUAGAAAUGGUCACACAAAGAUGUGGAAAAUGUUGAUUCUCAUCAGCACUAUGUUGCUUGUGACCAAGUGGAGGAGACUGGCUCAGAUACUUGGGUGAUCUGCAAAACUCCAGUGCAGACAAUUUGCUGCUUCACAAGUCAAUGAUACUUUGAAGAACUGAAUUCGCCCUCAGCAAAACUUAAGGCUGUCCUUGGCUUUGCUCUAACUCAUUGGCUUGCGGUGAUUUGAUAAAACCAUUACUCUGGCAUGUAACGAUCUGGUAUCACUCCUGGGACUACCUCAAAGGAAGAUGCAGGUGGAAGCAGUGGCCCAGAUCUAGUUAUGCUGGCAGAGGAAUUUACAAAGGAUAGAACAAGAGUUUAAGUAUAUACUGGACAUCAUAUUCUAAAACUAAGAAUGGAUAUCCUUAAAAAUUAUGCCCCACUUAACAUGAAACUUUCAUUCUCCAUUCUGUGAGUACGUGUAAACUGCUCAUGGUAAAUCUCUAAACUAAUGUCCUUAACAAUUUAGGAUUGUAUGCUACAUAUUCUAUUAGACAGACUUUUAAAUUAAUUAAGAAAAAGAGGAAUUCCCAUGCUGUUCUUUAAAAGGUAUUGAAGGCAAGGCAGCUGAAUUACCUAAUUGUGCUUAUGGGUUUGGUUUUGUAGAAGAGUUACAUGUUUUGGGGAGUCCUUAUUGCUCAUUUAUACAGAAACAACUAUUACUCCUGCCCUGCAUCUUUGUAGAAAUCUAAAUAAUUCCAUACUAGGAUCUGGAGGAGAGGCACCCAAACAGAAGUUUAUCCCUUUCCUUUCCAAGAGAAGAUAAAUAAGAGCUGCUUUAGAGUGAGAAUACCUGAUUAUUUUUUCUAGUAGAUUCAGUAAUAGAUGACUUAAAAACUUAGCCUUUAAAAGGUAGGUACGGAUAAGCAACAUUCCAAAUUCCCAUUCUUCUGUAAUAUUAAAAAAAAAAAAAAGGAUGUGGAGUAAGAGCUGCUUAUGUAACUGAUCUUGCUUGACUAGAGGGAUUCAAUUCCAUUGAUUCAUUUGGCAUGUGCACAUUAAAAUUUCCAUUUAGCUUUUCUGCAGCUGAGAUAUAUGAUCUUAUAGCAAUCCACAGAAGAUGCUCAAACCAAGCUGACUUUGGAACUAGACCUUCCUUACAAAUGUGCUGUGUUUAUUAAUGACCAAUUACUGUUUUUAUACAUGCAGGCAAAACAACCUGCUCUAACUAAACAGACUAAAACAUCUCUGCAUAUUGGAUUUGUUUCUGUCUGUGCCCUUUUAAUUUUUCUCUAGUAAGAAACACUGAAAAAACCUUUGUCAUAUAUGAAACGGACUAAUAAACUUCAGUAUUUCCUUUUGUAGGACAAAAUGAAAGAAAUGUUAUGUGUGUACUUUCUAAGGAGUACAAAACAUAAAUUUAAGUUUCCAAUAGUAACAGUUGCUUUUAGUCAAUAAUUUGAUGCAUAAUUGUGAAUUUUAAAUAAGUGGGACUCAGAGGACCUUGAAAAAAUUCUGGUGGGUCUCAAAAAGCAAAUCCUUUAGAAUAUUCAGAAUUCUAACAUACCACUGACUAAAAUGACAGCAGGAAAAGCUUUCAUUUCAUUCUUUUUGGCCUGAUGGUGAUUCUGCUUAUUUAGGCAAGACAUGCCUACAAUUAUUUGUUAUUAUUUGUAUCAUUUAGAAAGAAAAAAAUUGCACAUCAAUCAUUUAAAAAGUCAUACUUCACUAUUUAAAGGAAUUUCAAGUACCUCUCUCCUACAAAAUGUAGGUAACACAGGCUAAAUGGACAUUAUUAACGUUGGAAAACAAAACAGUCAAAAGUUAGCAAAUAUGUGAAUUACGUUCCAGAAGUAGCCCCAGCUUAAACAUUGUGCACAUAAUCAGUCUUUAUAUGGUAACGUAAUUCUGUUCUAAUGCUCUCUUAGUUUAAGGAUCAUACACUGAAAGUUUUCCUGUUAUUUCCCAGUUCUUGCAGUUCAGUUUUACAUAUACUCAAGUUUGCAAAUUUCAUACCCUUAAAAGGUUUUAAGCAUAUUUGUCAUAUUUAACAUAAAAUAAUAUGCUUCAUCCAAUUUAUCAGAGUACCUGUUUUCUUUCAGUAUAGCAAAACUUUUCUGUUAAACUGAGAUCUAUUAAUAAGUGAUUGUUUGUGGUAUUCACAUUCUCUGAACAGAGAGAGACGUGAUUCUCUCUCCCAGGAUUUUUCUUGGGAAGUUGUAAGAUGCAGUGAGAAAGCUCAGAGAAAGAAGAAUACAAUUCUUAUGUCUAUUUGCUGCUUCUGUUUUUUGGCACAUGUGGAAUGUGUUAUGGAGAUUGUUUACCCAAGAGUGAUUUGUUAAUUGGACACCGGUGAUGGUGUUUGGAUUAAUUGGCCAAUUGGGUCAAAGCUGUGUAGUGACUGUUUGGAGACAGUCACAGGUUUUUCUUCCGUAUCUUUUUAGUAUGAUAUAGUUCUA